AAAAAGUUAAAGGACUAUACUGUAAAUAACUAAUCGUGUACACAUCAUUUAUUUUUAAUUGUCCUUUAUUCUCAAAUUGAAAUUCUCAGUAAUUUCAAGUAAUUAUGAAAGCCCAACCGAUAGUGGGCCUUAUCCUUCAAUCCCCUUCCAAUUUUUCUUUUUCUAAAAACAAAAAUUAAAAUUAAGAGAGAGAAAAACGGAAAAAAAAAAUAGCUGACCGUUACGCAGGCAAAAAGUUAUGGAGACGACGGCUUCGGCCGGCGCCGCUCCGGUGAAGAAGCGGCGACGGGCCCCGAAAACCACCGUAGAGGCACUCGGAAACGAUGUUCUUAGCAUGAUUUUCACUUUUCUCGACCUUGUCCACCUUAUUCGCUGCUCCGCCGUCUGCAAAUCAUGGAGCACAGUGAUUCGUAAACUGAAGUUAUUGCAAAUACAGUAUCACAAGCAACAACAUGCAGAAUCUGGUAGUGUUUCUGACGUGUCGAAUUUGUCGGAAACAUCGAUAAAUAGACAGAUGGAGCAGCUAGCUAUGGAUCGACAAAGAUUGUCGUUACAAGAAGGUCCGGUUGAUGUUUUCAAGUGGAAAGCUCACUCGGUAGGGUUUAGCAAAUGCAGAAUGAAGAUGGGUUUGAUUCUCACUGGCGUCGGAGAUAAGGUGAUGCGUCUAUGGUCUGCAGAGAGCUGCAAAGCGUUGGAUGAAUAUCGGUUACCUGAUAAAGCACCGCUAAUUGAUUUUGACUUUGACGAGGGAAAGGUUGUUGGUCUUGUGGGGACUCGUGUAUGUAUAUGGAGGCGCGUUGGGACAAGAGAUCUGUUCUGUUCACGCGAAGGCUUGUUUACGAGGGGAUUGUGUAUGCGUUAUGUCGACCCACAUGCAGUGAUUGGGUGCGAGGAUGGAAAAGUACGUGUAUUUGACAUGUAUAGCAGAAAGAUUUCACAAAUAAUCAAGAUGCAUCCAGGUGCGGUAUCAUCUUUAUCUUUCACCGACGAGCAAUUGAUAGUCAGCGGUUCAUCUCUUGGUAGCAUUUCGAUAUCGGAUCUUUCAUCAGAUCAACACGUUGCUACCUUGGAGACAACUGGUUCUUCAGGCAUAAAGACUUUGUGUUUGAGCCCAAGCUAUUCAGUAUUUGCUGGAUCAAGUGCAGGCUAUGCAUCUUGUUGGGACUUAAGAACAUUGAGAAGAAUAUGGGAAACACGAGUUAGUUCAAACGUGCUUUACUCCAUGCACCACUUGAACAACGAUAAAUCGACAUUAGUUGUCGGUGGGAUAGAUGGCAUAUUAAGAAUCGUCGAUCAGAAUAAUGGCCAAGUAAUUUCCAGGUGCAUCUUGGAAGAAAAUCGGAACAUAUCAAAUCGUCGUCCGACAGAUAAUAAUAAUAAUAAGAAGGGAUUAUUAGUUGAAAGAAAGAAAGGGAUUAGGCUAUCGGAAGAUGAAAGGAUCGAUCUAAUGCCGAAUCUACCUCCGAUACAGUGUUUGGCUGUUGGAAUGCAGAAAGUUGUUACUGCACACAAUGACACCGACAUCAGAGUCUGGAAGUUCAGUAGUUAAAUGACAUUAUGUAGUGUUUUUGUUUCGAUGUGUCGAUGGUUCGUUGUUACUAUUUAUAGUGUUCUUUUUUAUGCGAUGCGUAUACUUCGUAGACCUUGCUGGGUGGGCCCUGGUGUUCGCCACAUGUUAUUUCGUUCGCUUUAUUACUUUUACAUUCA